AUGUUCGACGUUAUCACAUUAUCUCAAUUCCUUUCUAUCCAGGAGAAGGGUGUCUCAGCAUGGUCCUUUGAGCCAGACUACGAAACUAUUAAUUCACCUUUGGUUCAUGCUCGCAUGGAAAUCACUUUCCUUCCCGAUCCUGCAUCCGCCUCGCGCGUGCAGUCAAAUUUACCCCUACCCAAAUUGAACGAGGUCUACUAUUGGGAAAUCAAGAUGUUUGAUCUUCCCGAAACUACUACAGUUGCCGUUGGACUGGCCACCAAACCCUACCCACCUUUCCGACUUCCAGGUUUAAACCCUUUCUCCGUCGCUUACCACUCCAACGGUGGCAAGUGUUACAAUUAUCCCUUCACUGCAUCACCAUUCGGUAGGCACUGGGCCAGCAGGUCUGGUAGUAGCGUUAAUGCUCCUCCAGAACGGUAUACCAGUUCGUAUCAUUGA